UACACUCCGGAAGUAGCAGGGCAGCCUUAGCACAUAAACAUUGUUAGCAUGUCAACAUCUGCGACUUGAAGCAUUUCAGUUUCACUUUUCCUUUUGCUGCUGUUUUACAAACCGAGUCUCGUCUCUGCCAGGAAAGAAGAUGAGCGGCGGCACCGACACCAUCAAGCCUGUGACCUGCACCAUCAAACCUCCGGUCUACCUGCAGAUCGGAGACGUCAAAACAGACGCAGCGCACUCCGGUGUUUGUGUUGUUGACGUCACCCUCCCGUAUGGACAGCCUGUCAAUAUUGAGGAAAUCACCUUCAAGAACUACUACACAGCCUUUGUGACUGUGCGUUUGUUGCGGAGGGGCCCCAGGCAGGAGGCCCCCGCUAAGUGGUGCACCGCUCUGAGAGACCUGCCUCUGAUGGACAACCCCCACACCGAGGGGGGCUCCCAAGACUACUGCUCCAUCCACAGGACACAGAUGCAGGUGGAGCCGGAUCACGUGACGUCUGUGAGACUGAUCCUGAGACAGCCGUCCUCCGCCUGGCUCACCUUCAGCCUGGAGGAGAUCAAAAUAUACCCUCACGUGGAGCCGGACCCAGAGAAGGAGGUUUCUGAUUGGCUGUCUGACCUGACCCUGGCCGAACAACACCCUGACCUGGAGGGCCUCCCGGACCCCCAGACCGUAUCAUCCAGCAUCCAGCAGAUGUGGGCUCUGACUGAGGUGAUGCAGACCAACCAGACUACAGCCUCCAUCGGACGAUUUGACGUGGACGGACGCUACGACAUCAACCUGCUCUCCCUGACGUAACACGGCCACGAGGAGCUCACUAUGAAGACCGCAGUUCAGUCUGUGAGGGAGCGAUGACCCGUACGAAUGUAUGUUGCCUUGCGGAGAGGAACAAGUAUUAUGUGUGUGUGUUGCCUUUUUGAACUUUAAUGAGCAGAACUAUUUAUUUCUUGGUCGUGACACUUCUCAGAUAAGCUUGCACUCGGGCACGAGCUGGACGUAAUGAGUUUGUUUUUCCUUUCAGGGCAUGUCAAUAAAAGUAAAGCAUUAACUGCA